AUGGCAGAUCAGUUUGACCAGGAUUAUGAGAGAGUUGCUUGGCUUAAGAUUACAGGCGUUCCUCUACAGUUAUGGGAAGAAAAUAAUUUCUCGAUCAUUGCCAGUCGAUAUUGUAAAGUUCUUAACCCAUUUGAUGGCAUAUCAAAUAGGAGAGACUACUCCAUGGGAAAAGUCGGUGUACUCACCUCUGUAAGGAGAUGGAUCAACGACGAAAUCACCGUUAAUUCCAACGGAAGUGAAUUCAAGGUUGGCGUCGUGGAGUACACCGACGACUGGUCUCCAUUCAAAUCAGCUCCAUUCGACAAGGUAGAUGACUCGGAGGAGGAAGACGAUAACACGGAAGGUAUUUCGGAAACCUGGAUGGAGGACGAGAUGGAUGAACCAGAAGAAGGAAAAAUUCGACCGGUGGACACGGUGAAGAUCAACACCCAGCCGACUGAUCAUCAAUCUCCAGCGGCUCCGGCGGUCGCAACACUUUCCCUGACAAUGAAAUCGGUAAUCGGUGGAAUCGAAAAGUCUCCAACUAGUGCACCGUUGGAUCCAAAUUACGAGAAGACGUGUUAUGUCGCAUUAACUAAACUUAAUGCAGGAACGUCGUAUGAAGUGCCCAAUGUUGACUCUAGGUCAAACCAAGAACGUGAUGCUUACAAUGGAACACCGGCAAAGUACACUCUUGGGCCACUGGAGAACUUAGUUCCACUUGGUUGUUUUGGGCCAUUCCCCAACAAUACUAUGCCAUUCGCUUUCACAUCCCAGCAGCCCAAAAUAAUGAAUUACAAUCCAAUUCGAACAGUGGCGGUGGACCUAAACAUAAAAAGAGGAAAAAGGAUAAAGUAUUGUUUCCUUCCCCACGCACUAAUUCUCUAG